UGGCAUGUGCGCUGCCUCUCCUGCAGCGUUUGCCGAACGUCCCUCGGGAGGCACACCAGCUGCUACAUCAAAGACAAGGAUAUCUUCUGCAAACUUGAUUAUUUCAGGCGGUACGGCACCCGCUGUUCCCGCUGCGGGCGGCACAUUCACGCUACUGACUGGGUCCGAAGGGCCAAGGGAAACGUGUACCACUUGGCGUGUUUUGCGUGCUUCUCCUGCAAAAGGCAGCUUUCUACUGGAGAGGAGUUUGCGCUGGUUGAAGAGAAAGUGCUGUGUAGGGUGCACUACGACUGCAUGUUGGACAACCUGAAAAGAGAAGUUGAAAAUGGUAAUGGGAUUAGUGUGGAAGGAGCGUUACUCACAGAGCAGGACGUUAAUCACCCAAAACCAGCAAAAAGAGCUCGGACCAGCUUCACAGCAGAUCAGCUCCAGGUUAUGCAAGCACAGUUUGCUCAGGACAACAAUCCAGAUGCACAAACGCUUCAGAAGCUGGCAGAAAGAACAGGCUUGAGCAGACGUGUUAUACAGGUGUGGUUUCAAAAUUGUAGAGCACGCCAUAAGAAACAUGUUAGUCCUAAUCACUCAUCUACUGCUCCUGUCACAGCAGUUCAGCCCUCCAGGCUGUCUCCACCUAUGUUAGAAGAAAUGGCAUACUCCGCGUACGUGCCCGCGGACGGGACGAUGCUCACUGCUCUGCACAGCUACAUGGAUGCUCAUUCACCUACAGCUCUUGGGCUCCAGCCUUUGCUACCGCACUCAAUGACGCAGCUGCCCAUAAGUCACACCUGAGCCCCUUCUCUCAGGGAUAUGAGCUACCAAGGACGUAACCUGAAGUCGUUGAUUGUGUGUUAAAAAUAUCCUUAGAAAGAUAUUAACGUUAACUUUUUCUUUAACAUCCGAAGCGUUUUUGAGGUAACUCUUGCUGCCGAGGUACGUGUGUAUUUAGCCUGCGAGACACUUUUAUGGGUUCUGCAUAAAUAACGAUGACAUUGUUUACAAGCCUUAUUAAAUACCUUUUUGUAUUGUCUGGAAGUAGUCCACUCUAGUUAUGUGUGUUAAUUUAUUUGUCAUCAAAAGAGCACUUUGCCUAAAAGAAAGGACUGACAAUUGUGCAAAACGUUUACAAUUCUCUGUGAAACUGUAGUUUAUCAUUAGUUUGUAUCUGUAAGUUAUUGCUGAAAGUAUUCCCUGUGUUUGAGUUGUAUACAGCCUCUGUGGUAACGCUUACUUCUGUGAGUUUACAAAAAUAAAUUUUGGUUGCAAAUAUUUUCAACAAGAACUGAAUAAAGUUCCCGUUGCUGCAGCCCGC